AUGGCAUCUAAAUUCUUACGAGAAUAUAAGCUCGUGGUUGUGGGUGGAGGUGGUGUAGGAAAGUCGUGUUUGACGAUCCAGUUGAUACAAUCACAUUUCGUAGAUGAGUACGAUCCAACGAUUGAAGAUUCCUACCGCAAGCAAUGCGUGAUCGAUGAAGAAGUUGCGCUCCUCGAUGUCCUCGAUACGGCGGGUCAAGAAGAAUAUUCGGCGAUGCGAGAACAGUACAUGCGAACGGGCGAGGGUUUCUUACUGGUGUACAGCAUCACGAGCAGACAGAGUUUCGAGGAGAUCAUGACGUUCCAGCAACAGAUUCUGAGGGUCAAGGAUAAGGAUUACUUUCCGAUUAUCGUGGUAGGGAACAAAUGCGAUUUGGAAGGUGAAAGACAGGUUUCAAAGCAGGAGGGUGAAGCAUUAGCCCGCUCAUUCGGCUGCAAAUUCAUCGAGACCUCAGCCAAAUCCCGCAUCAACGUCGACAAUGCCUUCUACGACAUCGUGCGCGAGAUCCGACGUUAUAAUAAGGAGAUGGCGGGCUACACGGCUGGCGGAUCGGGCGGAUCAGGUAGUAAUGGACAGAUGAAUAAGUUGGAGGUGGGCGAUGGAGAGGGUAAUGAUCGGGGCUGCUGCGGGAAAUGUGUGAUAAUGUGA